UAUCAAGGAAGGUUGUUCAUAUGUGGCUCAUUCGAAAUGUGCCACACAGAAGAAUGUGUGGGAUGGUAAAGAACUAGAGGGAAUACCAGAAGAAGAUGAAGAAGUUGAACCGCCGUUUUUGAAGAUAAGUGAUGGAGUCAUAGAGCAUUUUAGUCAUCAACGUCAUCAUUUGAGACUUGAUGAGAACACAACUAGAGAUUACGACGUGAAUAAGGUGUGUCAAGCAUGCAUCAUGCCAAUAUAUUCCGGUAACUUCUACUCAUGUAUGCAAUGCAAUUAUAUUCUCCACGAAAAAUGUGCAAAUCUUCCUCGCAAAAUGCAUCACCCGAUACAUCCACAUAUGCUCACUCUAAAAGGAGGAUCUCGAGGUCUUGUGGAACAUAGUGUGGAUCCAUGUUCAGCUUGUCCAUGGAAAUGCAAAGCUGGUUUCUUCUAUGAGUGUGAAGAGCGGGAUAAAGAUAGCUAUCUUUUUAGGUUACAUGUGCAGUGCGCCACGAUUUCUGAGCCAUUAGUCCAUAAAAGUCAUAAUCAUCCUUUGUUCCUAACCUCUAAACCAGGAGAGCAAAGAAGAUGUUCGGUUUGCAAAACGUUGGAACAAUAUUCAACAAAAGAAACAUUCAACUGCAUUGAGUGUGACUACUUUGCUUUGUGUUUUGGAUGUGCAACUUUACCUCAAGAGGUGAGGUAUGAGCAUGAUAAACAUAUGCUCACACUUUCUUAUGGGGAAGAGACAAGUACAAUGACGUAUUGGUGUGAAAUUUGCGAGCAGAAACUAGAUCCAAAGAAGAGGUUUUAUAUGUGCAGUGAGUACUGUUGCGUCACCUUACACAUUGAGUGUCUGCUUGGGCAAGACUUAUACGUGAAGCCUGGUUCAUCUUGGAUAAGCUUCUCCUUCAAUGGAGUGAAGAUAUAUGUACGGUCCAACAAUCAUCAUAUGACUCGACCAUUUUGCUCUUAUUGCAAGAAGCGUUGUCCACACAAAAUAGUUUUGGAGUCGUCUGGUUCAAAGUUUUGCUCCACUUCUUGUGUUGGUUAUUUUUUGUCUAAAAAGGUGAACACAACUGGGAAUCGUGAGUAUCUACAGCGGAUGCGCUACGGGGAUUAUGAGUUCUCUGCAAUGACGUAGAAAUUUGUGGAAUCUUGUUCGGACGGUCGAAGGCGUUUUCUGAUGUGUCUAACGUUGUUGCGUUACUAUCGGGUUCAGUCGGAUCAAUCUUUUUUCUUGAAAACUCAUAAUGAGAAACAUGUAAGACCAAUAAAUAUAUACUGUAUUUAG